GCACUAAAAAGUGGUAAGAGGGGGAAAGGAGUGUGAGGAUUGGAUAUUUGUAUUGUGCUGUGGCUCUGCGACACUUUGCAAUAGCAGACGCAGAGAGAAAGAGAGGGGAAGGGAGGCAAAAAGUAGACUUCUCAGCGACUGAGAAACGUAAAAGAGAUAAAAGAAUGGAGAGGGAGAAGGAAUUGAAGCAAUCCAAGUUUAAUAAGAUUUGUGUGUUUUGUGGUAGUAGUCAAGGAAAGAAGAGUAGCUACCAAGAUGCUGCUAUAGAACUUGGGAAGGAAUUGGUGGCAAGGAACAUUGAUCUGGUUUAUGGAGGUGGAAGCGUAGGCCUUAUGGGUUUAGUUUCACAAGCUGUUUAUAAUGGUGGUCGGCAUGUUCUUGGUGUUAUUCCCAAGACGCUCAUGCCUCGAGAGAUUACUGGUGAAACAGUAGGGGAAGUGAAGGCAGUCGCAGAUAUGCACCAAAGGAAGGCAGAGAUGGCUCGGCAGUCAGAUGCCUUUAUUGCCUUACCCGGUGGUUAUGGGACUCUUGAGGAGCUACUUGAAGUGAUAACAUGGGCUCAGCUAGGCAUACAUGAUAAGCCAGUGGGGUUGUUGAAUGUGGAUGGGUACUACAACUCAUUGCUGUCGUUCAUUGACAAAGCUGUAGAGGAAGGAUUUAUUAGCCCUAAUGCACGCCAUAUCAUUGUAUCUGCCCCUACAGCAAAGGAAUUGGUGAAGAAAAUGGAGGAAUAUUUUCCCCAACAUGAAAGAGUUGCUUCACAGUUGAGCUGGGAGAUGGAACAGCUUGGCUACUCUCCAAAAUGUGAUAUCUCUCGGUAAAAGGCAGGCAAUGGAAGAGACUAAUUCCGAAUACCCAAAGUUUCCACUGUGGGGGAAUUCUUUUUGUAAAAUACCACAAAUGACUUAAUAUAUGUUCCUUCCCUUUUAUUGGAAAUAUUUGGUUUUCUUUGUGUUCUAACUCUAACUGCAAAGUACUUCAGGUAUGUAAUAUUACAAAUGUGCCUAUGUUCUCUACAGUUCACAAUGGCAUUCUAUCAAUAUAUCAUGACAUUUAGG